AUGCCUGGUGCUAGUCUGUUGCUGUUGCCCAGCAAUGACCACCUCGCCAGUCUCGCCCCUCUCUCUGGCCAUCUUCCUCUUCAUCCUGCUCCCAACCUUCUCCUCCAGUUCAUGCCCGUCCGUGCUUCAAUGCAACAGUACCGAACCCAUCGAGAUCAGACCUCCUUUCUUCGUUGCUACUCCGGGUCUCGACCCAGCCUGUAGGAAAUCGUUUAACGUCAGCUGCGGCCUACUGGGUCCGGAGCUGAAUCUCGCUAUUGGCAGCCAGCUACUGCUGAAAGAAAUUCAGUACGAUUCCCAUACCGUGGUAGUCCAGGAUGUGCAGCUCAGCGUCAGCAACAACUUGCCCUGCAGUUUCUUCUUCACCUUCAGGCCACCUGUGGACAACUUCGAGAGAAGUUACCACGACUUGGUGACGUGGUUCUCAUCGAUCAGCUGCGGCCACAGCGACGUCACAGUUUUCCGCAGCAUCUUUGGGCAUGGCAAGGAGGUUCACCAAAGCAUAGAGCCGGAUGAGCGCGGUCUUGCUUCAUGCCAUGCCUCUCCGCGGUUCGAAUGGAUCCGAAGCUUCAGUGAGGUUGGCAGUGCUGGGCAGAUUCCCCUGGUCAAUUUCUCAGUGCAAUCGGGAAGCAUAAGGAAGUACCUUUUGUCGCUUUCAGAUUGCGUUUCAGAUGGAGAUCACAGCAAGAAUGGCACUAGUUUGCUCAUGGCAGGUAUGAACUUCACUCGUAGCAGCAGAAGAUCCAAGUACUGUAGUGUUCAAGAAAAAAAAAUCUAAGGAAGCAUCACACCAUGCUGUGCUAUUUAGCACACUGAUUGAUAUGAACCAUGUCAUUUCUUGAUGUAUUACUACUUUUAAAUAUUUCUUCCUUUCCGUUUAC